AUGAGAGUUCUCAUUCUCAUCGCACACGCAGAUUCCACACACAAAGCUACAGCAUUUCGUAUUGCUAAGGCCGCAGAGGAAGCAUUCGAUGCUGCAAAGAUCGAAUAUCGUGAAGUAAUUUUACAUGAAGCUGGAUUCGACCAAACAUUAACAGAAAGAGACUUCAUUGAAAGAAAAUCAGAUCAUUUCGACUACAUUGCCAACCGUGUCGAAGGCAAUAUUGUCGAUGUUAUCGUUAAACAAGAGCAAAAUGUCGCAUGGGCAACAAACAUCCUUGUUGUUGGCCCAAUGUGGUAUUUCAGAUAUCCAGCUUGCUUCCAGGCAUGGAUUGAACGUGUCUUAUCCGGCACAAAGGGCGAAGGAAAGAGAGUUUCCUUCGUAAUCUCAAAUGAAGCUGAUGAAGAGUACUAUUCUGAGCAUUCUCCAGAAGCUGGCUCCAUCGAGCAACUUCUUUUCUCAGAAUACGUCGCUUUCAUCUACAGCAAAUACACAGUUACAAGACCAUUAGGAUAUUAUAACGCAGGAAUGGGCAAAAUCCCAGAUCCAGAGAAGGAAAAGGUUUGGAUGGCCAAGUUCAAGAAGAUUGUCGUCGAUCUUGACAAGUGGCAGCUUUGGGGUACACAUGCUAACAAACCACCGCUUUCCCCAGAUACAAUGAUUGAAUAA